AUGGCCAACUUGAUUGCAUACUCGGAGGGCGGGGUUCGCCUGUUCAAUCGGGGACACCCCUUGCGGGAGCUUGACGCGCCGCUGCAGCAGCUGUUUGCUGCCGUUUUGACCUACGUCGAGGGUCAAGGAGCGACUCUCCUCAGCUGCGAUACUGUCACUGCCAAAGUGGUGUGGGCUCACAAGGGCCAAAUGCUGAUGAUCUUGCUCCUGCCGCAUCUGGACGUGCGCUCGGAUCAGCCAUGGCUUGCUCUCCUCGAUAUGAUGCAUAGUCUUCUGUUGGCUCUGCUCGGUCAACCCGUCCUUGAUAACACCAAAGCUGGCGAGCUUCUCCCCAAGCUCAAGAUGGCCUAUCCCAUUUUGGAUCAUCUGCUAGCCUUGCGCUUCGAUCGUGGGGGUCUUUAUUUGGGAGCAGUGGACGUUGCGUUUCCUCCAAACGUGCCUGCCUUACAAAACGCGCUGGACCUCUUUGCCUACGAGCUUCAAGCCAGCCGCUGCUUUUUGAUCGUACACGGGCGCGUCGUUGUGGCUUCGGACGAGUAUUGGUCAUUGUCAGCCCGGGAUAAGCUGGUGCUGGCGUGCUUCUUCAGUGACAAGAACGAACUGCCCAACGAUCGCUUGGAACAGAUAUUUUUCCUUCCCGAUGCUAGCCCAGAUAGGCCUUUUCGCUUGCUGGCCUUUAACGUCAUGGAUAACGUGAUCAUUGGCGCACUGUGCGGCGCCGAGCCUUCCCUUCAGCAUGUUGUAGAUGAGGUUUUGGCCCAAGUGUGGCAACCAGCCUUUGAAGCGCUCGAAACAGCAUGUACCUUGCACGUCAACCCCUGCGACAUUGCGUGCCUCCACCCCGACAUCUUGGCAGCCUUUGUGUGGGAUCGCGCUUACCACCGGUGCUUAUCGGUGGUGCGACCCGAGACCUCCCCAUCGAUACAACAAGAGCUGCUCCUCUUUGCUUUGGAUGCCAAUCGCCUUGAUUGGGAGUGGCAAUUGACUGCAUCCUCGUCAACAUCGGUCAAGGGUGUUACCAGUGCCAAUUCCAGCCGCCUCUCGCAUGUUUCCCACAUUUCUAAUCAGGAUGACGGUCCUGUGUUGACGGCCCUGCAGCGGUUCGAGGGUUGCACGGGGGAUAGUCGUUUGGUGGCCGCCGAUGUAGGCUCGGACCUGAUGCUCUACCUUGCCUUGAGGCCCCAGGCUCGCACGUCCCGGACCACCGCAGCCCCCAAUUCCAAUCGAGUACUUCUGCAUCGCGUGCAAGGCCCAAUUCCAUAUCCGAUGUUUGUUGCGAAUUUUAUGGUGAAGAUGAUAAUGAAUGAAUGA